UUGCCUAAAGCCUUCCAAGUUUAGCCUUUUUAGCAGAACGCCACUCAUUUAGUAUGUUAGAACUACAGUUCCCGGCAUGUGCCGGAAGGCAGCUUCCGGCGCCGUCUUUUCCCAGCAUUCGUUGUUUACUUCCGGGUUCACCAGUACUGAAGGGAGAACGCUUUCGUCCCCGCCAUGGCUGAGCUGAUCCAGAAGAAGUUACAGGGAGAAGUGGAGAAAUAUCAACAGCUACAGAAAGACUUGAGUAAAUCCAUGUCAGGGAGGCAGAAGCUAGAGGCACAACUAACAGAAAAUAAUAUCGUGAAAGAGGAACUGGCCCUGCUGGAUGGGUCCAACGUGGUCUUUAAACUUCUGGGUCCCGUGCUGGUCAAACAGGAACUUGGGGAGGCUCGGGCUACAGUGGGGAAAAGGCUAGACUACAUCACAGCUGAAAUUAAGCGAUAUGAAUCCCAGCUCCGGGACUUAGAGCGCCAGUCAGAACAACAGAGGGAGACCCUUGCUCAGCUGCAGCAGGAGUUCCAGCGGGCCCAGGCAGCAAAGGCAGGGGCUCCUGGGAAGGCCUGACCCCGUGGUGGGGGGAAGGGGAGGGGAGGGAAUGAGGCAGCUCUAGGGUCUAUACUGUAGCUAAUAAAAUGUGAAAAUACCUGGCCAUUUUCUGACCAGCCA